AUGACUACGGACUCCUGCAGAGGCGAUAUCCGUCGGUUGAGCAACGAAGCCCCCCCGGGGUUUUCUGUGAUUGCCUGUUCGGGAAGCAGCUCCUUCUGUGAAGGGACUUUUCGUUUUAGAAAAUCCUAUCCCCAGGAGGGUCCUAAAGUUCCUCUCGCCUCCGUUACUCCUAAAGCAGAGGUUACGCUGCCCACCACGGUUCCCCCUCCCACAUCCUCCACCCCUGUGGGACCUGCACUGCCUAACUCCGUAGAUCCUCUCUUAUCUGUAACUCCACACAUCCCCCCUACCCCCGGCUCGGCUUCCUCCUUGCUUCCGGUCCCGGGGGUCCGUUUUCCUGCCUCUGCCGCCCCCUCCCCGCCUGCGUCGGCUCUGUCCCCCUCAGCUGUGGCCCCCCCCCACCCCAGCGCUGGUCUCCCCCACGACUCCUCCCGUCGCGGCGCCCGUCGCCCCCCCUCCCCCUGCCCCGGCUCUGACCGGCCCGGCCCUUCCCGACGGCUCCCCGAGCCACACCUCCGCCGCUCUCGAGUCCAUACCGGCCCCCUCCCCCUGCUCCCUGCCUGCCACAGCAGGGACACCUCACACAAGCGUAGUCCCACCACACCACCCUGUAACCGUGGCACCCCAGAUAAGUACCACUGCCUGCCCACUCCCACUCCCCCCAUGCCCACACCCCCACCCCGCCCAGCCCCCCUGCCCCCACCACGCGUCCCCCCAACCUCCCACCCACCCUCAAUGCCACCCAAACAGAAUCCAAGAGACCCCUCAAAGUGCUACCCACCCCACCCGGUCCCGUGCGUGCUGUGCUGCGAUCCCAGCUCCACUGGCACCUCCCCCUAG